GUUGAAACAUUGUACAUCCGACCCGCCACUUUGUUUCCACGCGCACUAGAGUUGGUUUCUAACAGGUCGAAGCAACAUGGGUGUUCGAGGUAAUAAAAAACAUUUGAAAAGGUUAAAUGCUCCAAAACACUGGAUGUUGGAUAAGCUGGGGGGUAAUUUUGCCCCAAGACCCAGCACAGGUCCUCACAAAUUGAGAGAAUGUCUACCACUCAGCAUAUUCUUGCGAAAUCGUCUUAAGUAUGCGCUCACGUAUACAGAAUGCACAAAGAUAUUGGCUCAACGUCUGGUUAAAGUUGACGGAAGAGUGCGCACUGACAAGAAGUACCCUGCGGGAUUCAUGGAUGUUAUCACCAUAGAGAAAACAAACGAGCACUUCCGUCUUAUUUACGACACCAAAGGCAGGUUUGCCAUCCAGCGCAUCCAUCCUGACGAGGCUAAGUAUAAGCUCUGUAAAGUAAGGAAGGUUCUUGUCGGCCGUGGAGGAGUACCUUAUAUUGUAACCCAUGACGCCAGGACGAUUCGAUACCCAGAUCCAAAUAUCAAGCCAAAUGAUACGAUCCAGGUGGACAUCGCUACGGGCAAGGUUCUAAACCAUAUUAAAUUUGAACCAGGCAAUAUGUGUAUGGUAACAGGUGGACGUAACUUGGGACGAGUUGGAACUAUUACCCAAUGGGAACGCCAUCCUGGUUCUGUUGAAAUGGUUCACGUGCGCGACAGCACAGGGCACCAGUUCGUCACUCGCCUAAACAAUAUUUUCAUCAUUGGAAAGUCGAACAAACCAUGGAUUUCUCUACCGAAAAACAGGGGCAUCAGGUUGUCCAUUAUUGAAGAGCGCGAUAAGCGAAUACGGGCAAGACGUCUUGCUCACUAAUUUGCAAUAAAUUUAGUUCGG